CGACAAGAAGUACUCCUACAAUUCAUAAAUCCCUCCAGCUUCCCCGCAUUCUCUGCUGUCUCGAGCUUCCCUUUCGCUUCCUCUUCUCACACUCACUCUCUUCCGUCUUCUUCAUCACACAUAACUCACAUCAUGGUCUUUACUCCCCAUCCGUUGGCCAUCCUCUCCGAGGAGGAGACCAACAUCGCCCGCGAUGUCAUUCUUGCCCAGCACCCCAACACAGUCAUUGAUUUCCGGGAGAUCUACUUAUCGGAACCCCCCAAAACUGAACUCCUGGAGUUCCUCGCCCUCGAACACUCCGGUCGCUUGAGCCCGACCUCUCCUCGUCCGGCUCGUCUGGCCUUGUGUCAGUACGAUGUCAUUGGUUCCGAUCACAUUCCUUCCUUCAACGAGUCCGUCGUGGACGUGGGCGCGCGUCAGCGGAUCAAGCACAAGAUUGUGGGCAAGAAGCACCAUGCCUCGUUGACUCUGAGCGAAUUUGAUACCCUUGUCGAGCGUUGUUUUGCCUCCCCUCUCUUCCAGAAAGCCCUCGAGGACUUCGAUCUGCCUGCUGGCUUCGAGGUGACAAUCGAGCCCUGGCCCUAUGGUGGAUUGGACUACACCGAUGAGCCGCGCCGCUACUUCCAGGGGUUGUGCUUUGCGACCAACAAGAGCACGAAUAACCCCGAUGCCAAUUUUUACUCCUACCCACUGCCGUUGAUCCCGGUGAUGGAUGCGCUGACCCAGGAGAUCAUCCGGGUCGAUCGUCCGGCCACUGGUGGCAAGGGCGACGGCCUCACCCAACAGACUUUCAAGCGUGACAUCAUCGGCCACUGCAAGGAUUCCGACUACGUGCCAGAGCUGGUCCCUGGCGGCAUGCGCAAGGACCUCAAGCCGUUGAAUGUGGUGCAGCCGGAGGGUCCUUCUUUCAAGAUCACCAACGAGUCAUUGGUCGAGUGGCAGAAGUGGCGGUUCCGCGUCGCCUUUAACCCUCGCGAGGGUGCCACCAUCCACGAUGUCUGGUACGAUGGUCGCAGUGUCAUGCACCGUCUGAGUAUCAGUGAGAUGACUGUGCCGUAUGCCGAUCCCAGACCUCCCUUCCACCGCAAACAGGCCUUCGACUUUGGCGACGGUGGUGGUGGCAACAUGGCCAACAACCUUUCCAUUGGCUGCGACUGUCUGGGUGUGAUCAAGUACUUUGAUGCGGUCAUGACUGGUGCGGAUGGUAAGGCGCAGAAGCUGCCCAAUGCCAUUUGCUUGCACGAGCAGGACAACGGCAUCGGCUGGAAGCACUCCAACUGGCGCACGGGUCGCGCUGUGGUCACCCGUCACCGCGAGCUGGUGGUGCAGUUUAUUAUCACACUGGCCAACUACGAGUACAUUUUCGCCUACAAGUUCGACCAGUCCGGCGGCAUCACCGUCGAAUCUCGCGCGACGGGUAUCCUGAAUGUGGUGAACAUCGAUGCUGGCAAGACGAGCGACUACGGCAACGUGGUCAGCGGCGGCGUGUUGGCGCAGAAUCACCAGCACAUUUUCUGUGUCCGCAUCGACCCGGCCAUUGACGGAAACAACAACUCGGUGCAGGUCGAGGAGUCACACCCGGUGCCCAUGAACGAGGCCACCAACCCCAUGGGUAACUACUACAAAGUCACCAACGAGACGGUGGAGCGGGCGGGCUGGCUGGACGCAGCUCCGGACCUGAACCGCACGAUUAAGAUGGUCAACCCUCACAAGAUCAACCCCAUCAGCCAGAAGCCGGUGGGCUACAAGUUCAUCCCUCUGGCGACGCAGCGGCUGUUGGCGGACCCGAACUCGAUCCAGGCUCGGCGGGCGCAAUUCGCGCAGCACCACGUCUGGAUCACCAAGUACCGAGAUGGAGAGCUGUACGCUGGAGGCCGGUACACCCUGCAGAGUCAGGAGGAGAUUGAGGGUGUUUCCGACGCGGUCAAGCGGGGCGACUCGGUCAAGGACACCGAUGUGGUUGUCUGGAGCACGUUUGGCAUUACCCACAACCCACGCGUUGAGGACUGGCCCGUGAUGCCGGUCGAGAUUUUCCAGCUGAUGAUCCGCCCUGCGGAUUUUUUCACAGCCAACCCCUCACUGGACGUGCCCUCGGAUCGCAAUGUCUCGUCGCGCAUUGUGGAUAAGGAAUGUUGCCGCAAGGCUCACAUUUAGGGUGGGGUGUGCAUGAAUUAUGAUACGAACUGUAUAUAUAUUGCAUUUGUGUAUUUGUGUAUCUAAUUAAGUUGGUUUACUG